UUUUCAUGAGAAGCCCGCUGACCAUUGACCAGAAGUUUCCGUAAAUGAAUACUACAAGCUUUCGAUAAGUUAUUUCUAGAUUUCUUCCAAAUAGCUACCGAUAUGACAAAACUGCUACAGUGGUUAUCGUUUGGGGGACUUGCCUUUACUCUCUGGAUAUCAUUAUUGCUUGGAUUUCCCUUAAAACUCUCGCACCAAAUGAGAGAAGUUGUUUUACCGCUACCAGUUUAUGCUGUUAUUGUAUUUGGGUGCUAUUCUCUGGCUGUGGUGGGUUAUCGCGUUGCCACGUUUAAUGAUUGCGUCGAAGCCUCGGAUUCACUGCAAAAGGAAAUCUUAGAAGCAAGGGAGGACUUAGAAAGCAAAGGAUUCAAAUUCGACUAAGCGACAGAAUGAAGAAAUCAUUAACUCUCUCGAACUUUUAUACAGCCUGCAGGAAAAUGUGUGUGAUGUUGGAAUGGAAAAAAUAUUAUUCUUGGCCAGUACAAAUGCCUAAAGGGAGAGACUGAAACACAAUUAAACACGAGAAAGUCAAGAAGGACCACACAAGCACACGAUGCCUGCCUGCCUACUACAGAAUCUCAUUUAAAAAAAAGUUAGCUUUGCAAUUCUGGUUGCUCUUCUGCUUUUUAUAUAUUAUUAUAUAUCCCUGUGUAGCUGGAAUUAUUUAUGUUCAGACGUACGUGUAAGUAAAUGAUUAUUUUUUCCCCAUUCUAUUGAAGGUGCGCUUUCUCAGAAAUUAGUAGUAAUAAAAAAAACGCUUUACAAAGA